CUGAAUGGAAAGCACUCAUUGUUCACUUGCCCAUACAUGACUUGCGUAAACCCGUCCAUUGAAUCAGGAAGUAAUAAUUUGCAGCGGUUCCUUGAUGAGAAAUGUUAAUGUACUAGGGCAGUCUAGAAUCUUUUGUUUUGUAUCGGCAAAUAUAGGCUAUUAGAGUUGCGCACUGGAAAAUAUAAUAUUCGUGGACGGGAGCCUAUCUUUUGGUGUAAGUCUUUUUAGUGCGCCUUUUUAUUCUCGGAAAGUACCCGGAAGACUUGAAUUUGACACCUUGGCUAAGGUAGGGUAAGUAGAAUGGAUGUUCCUCACCUGACAGAAGAUGAAAUGGCAGAUAUUAAAAAAGAGGUAAGUUGCCUUUUUGUCUGACUGUCAAUUCAACUGUCAGGGAGGCUGUUUUACAAGAAUGAUUUGCCAGAAUGUUGUUAACUUAUAGAGAUGGGAACUUUAAAUGUAGAAAUGCGCAAAAUGAAGAAGUGAAAGUAACCAACUUAUGCCACACCCUAGCAGGGCCGACCAAACUGGGGCACUAGGGGGGCCCCGAACCCAAAUUAGUUUGAAUUUUUUUUAUAUAUAUAUAUUUUUUGGAAGUCAGUCAGGGUCUCAAAUUAAUGUUGAGAGAUAUCAUAGUAGAACACACAACAUGCAAUUUCGAAAUUUGGUAGUUCAUUAGCAGUUUUCCUCUUGUUAUUUCAGUCACAGACAGUCAAUCAAUUAGCCCCUGUCAGCUAACAUGUUAUAGAUUGCUAAGUAAGUUAGUGUAAACAUCUAUCUAAACCUUGUAGUAAUCAUGGCCAAAUUACUGACCGGGAACCCAAGGCACGUGCCCAGGAGCCCUGACCUCCAGUGGGCCCCCAUUGAUUUAGUUAUUCACUCUCACUCGUUUAGGGCCCCCAAAGCCCUGCACAUAUUCAAGUUAUUAGCCUUCCCACUGGGCACAGAUGUCAGUUCAAUGUCUAGAUUUGAUUUACAUUUGGUUGAGUUGUCAACCAACGAGAAUUCAAUGGGAAAUCAUCAAAAAAUGUCACCAUGUCAUUGGAUUUAGAUUAAAAGUUGGGGGAAGAAGACUAAAUUACCUUACAUUGAUGGAUUUUUAAAAAAAUUAUCCGUUUUCCACGAAGAUUCAACAUCUUCACAUAGAUCUUUUUGGUUGAAAUGACGUGGAAACAACAAUGGUAAAUGUUUUAAUAAAUCUUGAAUAUGGGUAAUCAGAAUGUGUUCUUAGGUGUCAAAUUAUAUGGCUACGAUUGGAUUAACGUUUGAAGUGUAAUUUUAUGAUUACUUUAAAAAUAUAUAUAUAUAUAUAUAUUUCAAGACCCUAAAAAGCUAUUGUUUACCUUUUAUAUUUCUAAAUAAAUAAUGUCUAUUUGUCCGGCCCGUGGCCCAUAACUCAAAUGAUGUACGAAGCCCAAAGGUUUGAGCACCCAUGCUCUAUAGGCUACCCCAUUUUUACAGAAGCCUAUAUGUGUGUAUAGUGUAAAAAAGUUAUUAAUGUGCAUAUUAUACCUAACCCCUUUCUCAUAAUGAUCAACAAAGGCAUACAGUGAGGGAAAAAAGUAUUUGAUCCCCUGCUGAUUUUGUACGUUUGCCCACUGACAAAGAAAUGAUCAGUCUAUAAUUUUAAUGGUAGGUUUAUUUGAACAGUGAGAGACAGAAUAACAACAAAAAAAUCCAGAAAAAUGCAUGUCAAAAAUGUUAUAAAUUGAUUUGCAUUUUAAUGAGGGAAAUAAGUAUUUGACCCCCUCUCAAUCAGAAAGAUUUCUGGCUCCCAGGUGUCUUUUAUACAGGUAACAAGCAGAGAUUAGGAGCACACUCUUAAAGGGAGUGCUCCUAAUCUCAGUUUGUUACCUGUAUAAAAGACACCUAUCCACAGAAGCAAUCAAUCAAUCAGAUUCCAAACUCUCCACCAUGGCCAAGACCAAAGAGCUCUCCAAGGAUGUCAGGGACAAGAUUGUAGACCUACACAAGGCUGGAAUGGGCUACAAGACCAUCGCCAAGCAGCUUGGUGAGAAGGUGACAACAGUUGGUGCGAUUAUUCGCAAAUGGAAGAAACACAAAAUAACUGUCAAUCUCCCUCGGCCUGGGGCUCCAUGCAAGAUCUGACCUCGUGGAGUUGCAAUGAUCAUGAGAACGGUGAGGAAUCAGCCCAAAACUACAUGGGAGGAUCUUGUCAAGGAUCUCAAGGCAGCUGGGACCAUAGUCAACAAGAAAACAAUUGGUAACACACUACACUGUGAAGGACUGAAAUCCUGCAGCGCCCGCAAGGUCCCCCUGCUCAAGAAAGCACAUAUACAGGCCUGUCUGAAGUUUACCAAUGAACAUCUGAAUGAUUCAGAGGAGAACUGGGUGAAAGUGUUGUGGUCAGAUGAGACCAAAAUCGAGCUCUUUGGCAUCAACUCAACUCACCAUGUUUGGAGGAGGAGGAAUGCUGCCUAUGACCCCAAGAACACCAUCCCCACCGUCAAACAUGGAGGUGGAAACAUUAUGCUUUUGGGGUGUUUUUCUGCUAAGGGGACAGGACAACUUCACCGCAUCAAAGGGACGAUGGACGGGGCCAUGUACCGUCAAAUCUUGGGUGAGAACCUCCUUCCCUCAGCCAGGGCAUUGAAAAUGGGUCGUGGAUGGGUAUUCCAGCAUGACAAUGACCCAAAACACACGGCCAAGGCAACAAAGGAGUGGCUCAAGAAGCAGCACAUUAAGGUCCUGGAGUGGCCUAGCCAGUCUCCAGACCUUAAUCCCAUAGAACAUCUGUGGAGGGAGCUAAAGGUUCGAGUUGCCAAACGUCAGCCUCGAAACCUUAAUGACUUGGAGAAGAUCUGCAAAGAGGAGUGGGACAAAAUCCCUCCUGAGAUGUGUGCAAACCUGGUCGCCAGCUACAAGAAACGUCUGACCUCUGUGAUUGCCAACAAGGGUUUUGCCACCAAGUACUAAGUCACAUUUUGCAGAGGGGUCAAAUACUUAUUUCCCUCAUUAAAAUGCAAAUCAAUUUAUAACAUUUUUGACAUGCGUUUUUCUGGAUUUUUUUGUUAUUAUUCUGUCUCUCACUGUUCAAAUAAACCAACCAUUAAAAUUAUAGACUGAUAAUUUCUUUGUCAGUGGGCAAACGUACAAAAUCAGCAGGGGAUCAAAUACUUUUUUCCCUCACUGUACCCUUCAUCUAAUUAUUCUUUGUCCACACAUGUUUACCUGUCCUUCAGUACAGUUACAGUAUUGUCAUCAGCAGUCAGUCCUCUGGUCACACACACUUGAUAAAACACAUAUCAACUAAUUGUGUCCCUAUAUAACAUACAGAUUGUCCAGAACCCAACCCUCAACACUACACAAAACACCCACAGUUUCCAUCUUGCUCUUCUCUGUCCAGGUCCUAACGAGGAUGCGACCGUACCUCUGUGAUAAGAUCCGGGUCGACCGCCAUUUUGACUACCUGCGCUCGCGUAAGAUCCUGACGCGGGACGACACAGAGGAGAUCAGCUGCAGGAGCACGCAGCGCAAGCGGACGGGCAUGCUGCUGGACUACCUGGCUGAGAACCCUCGUGGGCUGGACGCCCUGGUCGAGUCCAUCCAGCAAGGACGUACCCUCAACUUCAUCAUCACCAAGAUCACUGAUGAGGUGCAGAAAGUGAAGAACGAGAGGAUAGAGGCUCUCAGAGGUAUGUUGUGUGUCUGUGUGUUGUUGUUUAUUCUUUGUUUGAAGUCAUAUAAUGAAGGUACUGCGGUGAACCACACUUGAGUGACGAGUAAUCUUGCCUGAGACCUGAAGAUUUGUGUUAGCUCCCUGAGCUAAUAGGCUUUAGCUCAGUGGGCUAACACAGUCUUAGUACCAUUAUCAUGACCAUCUCACAUUGGUCCUAUACAGCAGGGGCAUCCAGUUCCUCCUCGGGCUUCCUGCCGACCCAGGACACAUCCGGGGUCACUAAAGACCUCUCCAGGACACUGUCAGAUGAGUCCAACCUGACAUCCACCAUGCCAUACAACAGAGAGGGGAGCCCAUCCACCUCUGACGCCCUAAGAUCCCUCAACCUGCCCACUGCCUCCAGCCAAGGGAAGGAGGUGUCGUCAUCCAUGGGAGGGGGUAGCAUGGCUGUGUCUUCAUCCCAGGCCUCGUCCACACUGCCCAGGCCUGGAGACCCAGGGGCUCCCCCCCUGCCGCAGGAGGCCUUAUCUAACAUGGAUGCUGGACCACAUGGGAGCACGGCGAUCAGCGGAGGGGACGCCAACUUCCAGCCCCUGAGGUCACGCUCAAUCACCCCCACUUCCACGUCAUACAGGGACUUCUCGCCUCGGCCCCCACCUAAAUCUUACUGAGGACCGCCCCUUGCCCUGGAAUGCCUCCCAUAUCAUUACUCAUCACAAACAUUCACUCUUCAAUUGUAUUGUGUUUGUACAAGUGUAUGUGUUUUCUCAAUGGUUUUAGUUCAGUGAUACAUCAAACAAAUACCAACUCAUAAAGUAUGUUCCAUGCCUUAAAUUUUACUCUGGGUUAUUAGAAAGCUGGACAAACUUAUUUUGGAUUCAAUGAAGAACCGUACAAGUAACUACUUACUAAUCAUGUCUCAAACAUAAGCUGUACCUUCAUGAAUUUUACUCUGCUCCUAUCAAGUCCUCUUUCAUAAGAUGCCCCUUACCCAUAGAGAGACGGAUUGAGACAUAGGUACAUUUUAUUCUGGACUUGGACUAAAGUUGUAGGUCAUCAUUCUCCAUCGACACUGCUGCUCAUCUCCUUUCCUAUGAAUUAUGGGUGUGUGAGUUCUUAAUGAGAGACUGGCAUCAACAUGCCACACCAUGGCAGCUACAGUAGAGAUGUGUCCUUGUAAGGAGCCCAGAGCACCAGAAGACAACUUCUCUGUAUUGACACAUAAUACGGGAAUGAAUGGUUCAGCAUAUGCAUUAAGGCACACAAACUGUAGUCACAAACUUUGGUAGGCCUACACUGAAAUGGUUAAUGUUUUUACUCUAGACUAUAGUAUUGAUAUACUAUAGAUACAUUUUCUUAUUGUGAAAGUGCAUGAAUGUGUAAUGUGGUGCAACGAUGUUACUUACUAUCAAAAAGUUCACUUUAAUACCUGCUAUUUUGAUAAUUGAUGUACCAGUACUUUUUAUAUUUGAGAUCUUGAAAAUCUAGGCCUUCUAUAAAUAAAUCAAAGGAAUAUGAGACACAGGAGACAUUUCCUGUAAAGUAUGUGAUUCAUUAAUGUUUGUUAAAGAUGGAUCAUAGAAAUACAUUCUAUCCUUAUUUUCUUAAGUUUCAUCAUGAUUUUAUGAGAAUUACAUUAGGCAAUAACAUGAAUGAAACUUAAGCUGAUCAGUCGCAGACCUCAAAAGUCAGUCAUUUUUGUAAACGUAGGUAUUAGAGAACUCUGUUUUGUUUUGGAAAAACAGUUAAACCUUAGAAUGCUGCUCGAGAAUGACAGUCACAGGGAUUGAGUGUCUCCUUGCCUGUUCUGUCCGAUGUUGACAGAAGAAAUUAGCUUUUUCACAUGUUAAACAAGCUGCUCUGUAUAGCGUGGGCAGGUGCUUCUCUGGAGUACAGUUAAGUAAUAAACUGUCGCCAUUCCACUUAUGUA